AUAAUGUUAUAUUAUUAUACUUCGAAUAAUAGAAUUCAACGAGUGACAUGUAACUAAUUUCCUUGCAACUACGACGAGUUUGUGAUUCUUUCUGAGAAGUCUAUGCAAGAACUUUGAGAAAAAUUUGACAUUCUUUGGGUGUCUUGUUUUCCAACUUGACAAGAUAGAGGUUGAAAACAGAGAUGCCUGUAGCUGGAAAAAAAAAAACCAGAACUAUGUUUGAAGGUCUAGUAAAAGAUGGAUCGUUUAAAUGGUUGCUUGGCAAGAAGAGUUAUUUUGAUGAAGAAUUUGAGGAGAUGGAAAAUUCACCUUCUGCUGGGAAGAAUUUUAUACGCGAGCUUUCUCCAGUUGCAAAUCUAGUUGUUCGUAGAUGUGCAAAAAUCCUUAAGACCUCCUCAAGUGAUCUUCAGGAGAGCUUCAAUCAAGAGGCGUCUGAUUCCCUAAAGAAUCCAUCACGAUACGCAAGGAACUUAUUGGAAUAUUGUUGUUUCAAAGCACUUUCCUUGAAAGCGCAAAUGUCUGGUCAUCUAUUUGAUAAAACAUUCCGGCGCUUGACUUACGACAUGAUGUUAGCUUGGGAGGUCCCGGCUGCCACUAGCCAACCUCUGCUUAAUAAGGUCGAUGAAGAUGUAUCUGUCUGUUUAGAAGCUUUCUGUCGAAUAGCUCCUGCAGUUCCCAUCAUUGCCAAUGUCAUCAUUUGUGAAAAUCUUUUCGAAGCGCUGAGUUCGUCAACCGGUGGUCGCCUUCAGUUCUCCAUCUAUGACAAAUACCUCAGCGGGCUAGAAAAAGCAAUAAAAAAAAUGAAGAGCAGUUCAGACUCGUCUCUCCUUUCUGCUAUGCGACUCGCUCGAGAGGAGAAGAUUCUUGAGAUUGAUGGAACAGUCACCACACAACCAGUCCUUGAGCAUGUAGGAGUAUCCACCUGGCCUGGAAGGUUAAUCCUAACAGACCAUGCACUUUAUUUUGAAGAACUUCGCGUUGUAUCUUACGACAAACCAAAAAGAUAUGAUUUAUCAGAUGAUCUAAACCAAGUUGUUAAACCUGAGUUGACUGGACCUUGGGGGACUCGGCUUUUUGACAAAGCCGUAUUCUAUAGUUCAACAUCCUUAUCAGAACCUGCUGUACUAGAAUUUCCAGAGCUUAAAGGUCACGCUCGUCGUGAUUAUUGGCUAGCUAUCAUCAGAGAGAUUCUUUGUGUUCACAAAUUCAUAAGAAAGUAUGGAAUUGAAGGGGUUGCACUGGACGAAGCGCUUUGGAAGGCUGUUUUAGGAAUUUUGCGAUUGCAAUCCCUUGAAGAUAUUAGUUCUGUAGGCCCUAUACAGAAUAAUUAUCUUCUCAUGUUUAAUUUAUGCGAUCAGCUUCCAGGUGGAGACUUGAUAUUAGAAACCCUUGUAAAUAUGUCGAACUCGAGGGAAUCAGAUCACGGGAACAAUUCCAGGCCUGGAAACGGAAUGUAUUCUAUCUCGGUCUUGGACAUGGUUUCUGACUUGGGAUUUGGAUUUGGAACAAGUUCAAACAGCUCAAAUGAGAGCAGGAUUGCUGUUGGUGAAAUAACGGUUGGAGAAAUGACUUCAUUGGAAAAAGUUGUUAAAGAAUCUAAGAACAAUUAUAAAAAAGUCGUAUCUGCACAGGCAACAGUUGAUGGUGUUAAAGUCGAUGGCAUUGACACUAAUUUGGCUGUCAUGAAGGAGUUACUUUUUCCUCUAGAUGAACUUAGGAAGUCUCUUCAAUCUUUGGUGUAUUGGGAUGAUCCAUGGAAGUCUUUUGGGUUUUGUUUGUUCUUCGGUUACAUCAUCUGGAGGGGUUGGCUUGGCUAUGCAGUGGCACUGGUGCAUGUGUUCAUUGCAGCUUUUAUGAUAAUUACAAGAUGUUUUAGUCAAGGUAGGCCUGUAACUGAAGUUAAAGUUGUAGUUCCUCCACCAAUGAAUACAAUGGAACAGCUUUUGGCUGUUCAGAACGCCGUUUCUCAAGCUGAACAGCUCAUACAAGAUGGUAACAUAAUUCUUCUCAAGUUCCGUGGCUUGUUACUCUCCAUUUUUCCUCAGGCCACAGAGAAGAUGGCAUUAGGUCUUGUAUCAGCAGGGUUGAUUUUGGCUUUCUUACCUUGUAAAUACAUAGUUCUUCUAGUGUUCUUGGAGAUAUUUACAAUGUAUUCACCUCCAAGGAAAUCUAGCACAGAGAGAUGGGAGAGGAGAUUCAGGGAAUGGUGGUUCAGCAUACCAGCUGCUCCUGUUAAACUUGAAAGAGAUAAUAAAGAGGACAAGAAAAGAAAGUGAUGAUGAAGUUAUGUACAUGUUUUGCGUUGAAUACUUUACUUUUUUUUUUCAUCAGGAUAAAUAGGCAUUUUGGUCUUUAAAUGUGUGAGGCAUUGUCACUUUAGUCUUUGAAUGUAUCGAAGUUAUAAAAACAUCCAUGAGUGUAUCAUCACAUCCAUGAGUGUAUCAUCUGUUUGUAAUUUUAAAGACAAAAUUGACUAAAAUAAGAUACAUUUGAAGACUAAACUGACUAAUGAAAGACACGUUUGAGGACUAAACUAGCUAACAAAAGAUGCAUUUAUGUACGUUUUGUAAUUUGAUUACAUUGAACAACUAUUGUGACAACCUCUCACACAUUUAAGGAUCAAAUAAUUGUUUAUCCUUCACAUAUAUCCAAAAAAUACUUGAAAUGUAAGACUCAACUGUGGAAGCAAAGUAGUCCGGUUAAUUUCAUCAGAUUAAUACCUUUAA